GAUGCAUCCAGAUCCAGCCACAACACACACAGAAAACGUGCGCGGCUAGCCUAAGGCGCCGCAAUACGGCAGCAUCGCAGACGCCGUUAAAAUCCGGCCGGGAACCCGCCGCUCGAGGGCCUCCCCAAUACUUGCGUUGUUCCAGUCCUCGGCCAGGAAGGGAUUGAAUUGAAGCAAAGCAAUGGCGGCGGAUCAGGCGAGGAGCAACAGGAGGGUGGUCCUGAAGCGGUACGUCACGGGGUUCCCCACGGAGGACGACAUGGAGCUCGUCGUCGCCGCGGCCGGCGCCGUGACCCUGGCCGUGCCGCCGGGGUCGAGAUCGGUGCUGGUGAAGAACCUGUACCUCUCCUGCGACCCUUACAUGCGCGGCCGGAUGAGCAAGCACGACGACGGCAGCUACGUCCAGGACUUCGUGCCAGGGGAGGUUUUGACUACUUUUGGCGUCAGCAAGGUGGUAGCAUCCGGGCACCCGGAUUUAAAGGAAGGAGAUCUUGUCUGGGGGAUGACUGGAUGUGAAGAAUACACUCUCAUCACUAAUCCAGAGUCUCUUUUCAAGAUUAACCAUCCUGAACUGCCUCUAUCGUACUACACCGGUGUCCUAGGCAUGCCUGGGCUUACUGCAUAUUUUGGAUUCUUUGAAAUUUCGAAGCCUAAAAAAGGCGAGUAUGUGCUCGUCUCGGCAGCAUCGGGUGCUGUUGGGCAGCUUGUUGGGCAACUUGCCAAGAUCACAGGCUGCUAUGUGGUUGGAAGUGCUGGUUCUGAUGAGAAGGUCAACCUCUUGAAAAGCAAGUUUGGCUUCGAUGAAGCUUUCAACUACAAAAAGGAACAAGACCUCAACGCGGCACUAAAGAGGUGCUUCCCGGAGGGUAUCGACAUCUACUUCGAGAACGUGGGCGGCGCGAUGCUGGACGCGGUGCUGCUCAACAUGCGGAAUCACGGCCGGAUCGCCGCGUGCGGGAUGAUCUCGCAGUACAACCUGGAGCAGCAGGAAGGUGUGCGAAACCUCUUGUGCGUCGUCGCCAAGCGCAUCCGGAUGGAAGGUUUCAUUAUCAUGGAUCACUUCGGUGCUUACGGCAAGUUUGAGGAAGAGAUGGUGGGGCACAUCAAGGAAGGGAAGAUCGCCUACGUUGAGGACGUCGUGGAGGGGCUGGAGAAGCUGCCGGAGGCACUCAUCGGGCUCUUCCAUGGCCGCAAUGUCGGCAAGCAGCUCGUGGCUGUUGCACGGGAGUGAUAUAUAUGUUGUGCCUGGAUCGAGAACUAUUGAUAAAUGUUCAGACAUCGAAGUCAGAUCAGUUACUGGUGGUCUGGCUUGUGUUGCGUUCAGAAUGCCUUGCGCCGGUGUUUUAGUGAACAGUCGGAGGAGAAAACUGGAUAAAUGCUCAAUUAGACUCAUGUGCUCAAUAAAACUGGUGGUCUGGCUUGGCUUGUGUUGCGUUCAAAAUUUUCUGGUGGAUUGUAUCUUAGACGUCUAUCAAUGCUCAAUUAGACUCAUGUAAUCUCAAUAAAAGUGGAGUCUAAUGUGCUAA